CAGUUCUUGUGCGUGUUGCCCAGCUGCAACUCAAAACUCCCGUACUGACUACCUCAUGCUUGCGGCUCUGCAUGAGGGUCUUCAAGGCGGCAUGCUGCAUACUCUGGAUAUACCCAAUACGUAUCUAUGUCACGUCGCCGCCCGUAGCAGCACGACUAUCGCGUGCCAAAGACCAAGCCAGGGCACGGAAAAGUCGUGGCAGAAAGCUUCUGUAUCAUAUAAGGGCGCAAGGCAUCAGCACUGACAGAUCCCAGCUAGGAAAAGUCGCGUCAAUUCUGACCGCCCAAAGGAAUAAUUCACUUCACCUCGACUACAUCCCCAGACUCGUCAGCUACUCAUUAUACACAUCGCGAUGGCGAAGAAGAAAAACACCGUUAACGCUAAAAAUGUCGUUAUAUUCGGCGCAAUGGGCGCCGGAAAGAGUUCCCUCAUAAACCUCAUUGCAGAUAAAAAGAUCGCUAAAACCGGCUCCGACCUCAAGCGCUGCACCCUCACAUGGACCAAAUAUGUGUUACCCCAGUUCUUUGAUGAUGGGAUGCAAUGCAAUAUCUUCGACACGAUGGGUAUCGAGAACCCAGAGCUCGAGUCGGAUGAAUACCACCGAUCCAUCAAGAAUGCCAGUCGCCUUCUCCGCAAGCUUGAUGAAUGCGGCGGCACCAGUUUGUUGGUGUAUUGCGUUAAAAAACAGCGUGUCAAUAGCGCAUUGCGGAACAACUACCAGUUGUUCCAUGAAGUACUAUAUCAGCGGCGAGUCCCCAUAGUCAUGGUAGUGACGUGCCUCGAGGACGAGAAAGUCAUGGAGGAAUGGUGGACGCGGAACCGUGCAUCGCUAGAAGAGUUCCGGAUCGCCGUGAAGGGGCAUGCAUGCGUAACGACCCUGAAGGAUAGAGAUGUGAUGAUGAAGUACAAGACAUCGAGAGAAGCCAUGCAUGGACUGAUCCGGCAGCAUGCAGCCAUUACGCCAGUGUCUGGGGAAUGGAAGCAGGAGGGGAUGUUCAGCGCGUUCAUGCGACCGUUCAAGAAACCUGAUCCGGAGGACAAGGACAAAGAGGAUAAACUACAGGAGGACCUCGAGGGUCAAUGUGGCAUGCAGAAAGAGUUGGCUUCGAAGGUCGCAAAAGCAUUCGUGUACACGUAGUAGAGCAACGGACUCGCUGCUGUGGCAACGAUUGACCGCCAUGUAUAUCACGUAGCUCUAAUGUGUACCAGGCUAGCUUUCAAGUUGUAGCCUAUAGAUAUCGGGCUGGUAGAGUUGUUUGUCGUUUGAGGAAAACCUAUGUUUG